CCGGAUGAACAGAGUUGACUCAUUUUAGAUCAUUCCAUUGGUCCUGAAUAAAAAUCUCCACACAUCAGGAGCACCGGGCCAUGAAAAACUAAUACGACCACUUCUUCGCUGUCUAAAAAGUGUACAGUUUGGUAAUGUAACGUUAUCGAGUUAAAUUCGUAUGUGCUUUCGGUUUAUAACUUUCUUUUUUUUAAACUAGAAGCCCUGCGACACGGAAACAAACUAACGCAACAUGCAUGAAGAUUGAAACAGACUUGCAUCGUAGUUGCAGGACAAGCCGCAGCUUCUGAGCGGGGUAGAUGCAGGGAGGGAGGGAGUAAAAAAGUCUUUGUGCUUCCCCUCCCCCUCAUCAAAGCAAAGGGGGAAAUGUCUCUUUCUAAAGGAGGAAAGAAGAAGAACCCAGGCCUCAAGCUCUCCAAAGAGGUCUUUGAUCAGCCCCCACCUGCAGCCGCAGCCCCCCCUCGAGAUCUGGAUUCCAAAGCCUGUGUUACCAUUGGAGAAAAGAACUUUGUUGUGAAGGCAGAUGACUUGGAGCAGAUUGGGGAGCUGGGUAGAGGAGCGUAUGGCGUGGUGGACAAGAUGAGACAUGUGCCCAGUGGGCUUAUCAUGGCCGUCAAGAGGAUCCGGGCCACAGUGAACACCCUGGAGCAGAAGAGACUGCUGAUGGACCUGGACAUCUCCAUGAGGACUGUGGACUGCUUCUUCACGGUCACCUUCUACGGCGCUCUCUUCAGAGAGGGUGACGUGUGGAUCUGCAUGGAGCUGAUGGACACGUCUCUGGAUAAGUUCUACAAGCAGGUGAUCGAUAAAGGCAUGACCAUCCCUGAAGACAUCCUGGGGAAGAUCACUGUAGCGAUCGUCAAGGCUUUGGAGCAUCUGCAUAACAAACUGUCAGUGAUACACCGAGAUGUGAAGCCGUCCAACGUGCUGAUCAACACACAGGGCCAGGUGAAGAUGUGUGACUUUGGCAUCAGCGGCCACCUGGUGGACUCUGUGGCCAAGACCAUGGACGCCGGCUGCAAGCCCUACAUGGCGCCAGAACGGAUAAACCCCGACCUCAACCAGAAAGGCUACAGCGUCAAGUCAGACAUCUGGAGUCUAGGAAUCACAAUGAUUGAGCUGGCCAUUCUGAAGUUCCCCUAUGACUCGUGGGGUACACCCUUCCAGCAACUGAAGCAGGUAGUGGAUGAGCCCUCUCCACAGCUGCCCUCGGGCCGCUUCUCCCCUGAGUUUGUGGACUUCAGCUCCCAGUGCUUAAGAAAGAAACCCAACGAGAGACCCGCCUACACAGAACUAAUGCAACACCCCUUUUUCACCCUGCAUGACUCCAAAGAGACGGACGUAGCCAGCUUUGUCAAGAUCAUCCUGGCAGACUGACAGGCCCCUCCACCCACCAGGGUAGGAGGUAGGCGGGACUUCUCCACCCACCCACCAAUCCAAGGCCUUUCAGAAAGCUCACUGGAAUUGAUCUGCCACACAACUCCAACUUUCUUUCCCCAAAGACUGACGCCAGCUCACAGAGGCCACGUGGGAAAGCGCUUGUAAUAUGAACUCAAGAUGUUGAUGGUGUCCACCUAAACUGGAGAUGGUCAACUCACCCACGGGUCCAACUAACCUUUCCCUCCCUCUACUCCUACAAACUGAACUGAUUCAAACUCUUCACUGUACCAGUUUUCUGAUUGGACAGUGUCUGUCAGCAGGAAGAAAAUCUCUCUUUACACAUACUGUAUGUCCAUCACUCUGAAUUACACAGAAAGCCAAAAAGAAUUCGGUGAAAUGUGUUCGUCUCUGUAUAAUGAAUUGAAAAGAUAUAUAUUUUUCAUUUAUGCGUUUUUGUUUUUCCUGAUACAGUUUGUAAUACUGUAUAUUUUCAUCAAAUAUGAAUUUAAGGGUGUGUCUUUACUCUUUCUGAAUGGUAUCAUGAGGGGAAGAGGUGACCUACAUUUCUCGUCUCGCCUUCUGGUGAUUGGUCAGUAAUGGGACGGCAGCUGCUGUCGUCGGGCAGGGUUUUGGGAGGCUCUGGAGGGGUCAGACUCAGUAAGUUUCUUUGUAGAGGGAAGUUCAAAGGUGAAAGCGUGACUGGGGGGCCCUGUACAAAAGGAAUUGCAAGUCCUACCUAGGUCUCUUUGGUGGCAUGGGAAUGCAAGGCAUCUGUUAUCAUCUGACCCUAUAUACACCCCCUCACCCAUCUGUAUAUGCCCCUCUGCCCCGCCCCUUCCUAACCACCUGUAAACGCCCCUCUGCCCCGCCCCUUCCUAACCACCUGUAUACGCCCCUCUGCCCCGCCCCUUCCUAACCACCUGUAUACGCCCCUCUGCCCCGCCCCUUCCUAACCACCUGUAUAUGCCCCUCUGCCCCGCCCCUUCCUAACCACCUGUAUAUGCCCCUCUGCCCCGCCCCUUCCUAACCACCUGUAUACGCCCCUCUGCCCCGCCCCUUCCUAACCACCUGUAUACGCCCCUCUGCCCCGCCCCUUCCUAACCACCUGUAUACGCCCCUCUGCCCCGCCCCUUCCUAACCACCUGUAUACGCCCCUCUGCCCCGCCCCUUCCUAACCACCUGUAUACGCCCCUCUGCCCCGCCCCUUCCUAACCACCUGUAUACGCCCCUCUGCCCCGCCCCUUCCUAACCACCUGUAUACGCCCCUCUGCCCCGCCCCUUCCUAACCACCUGUAUACGCCCCUCUGCCCCGCCCCUUCCUAACCACCUGUAUACGCCCCUCUGCACCGCCCCUUCCUAACCACCUGUAUACGCCCCUCUGCACCGCCCCUUCCUAACCACCUGUAUACGCCCCUCUGCACCGCCCCUUCCUAACCACCUGUAUACGCCCCUCUGCACCGCCCCUUCCUAACCACCUGUAUACGCCCCUCUGCACCGCCCCUUCCUAACCACCUGUAUACGCCCCUCUGCACCGCCCCUUCCUAACCACCUGUAUACGCCCCUCUGCACCGCCCCUUCCUAACCACCUGUAUACGCCCCUCUGCCCCGCCCCUUCCUAACCACCUGUAUACGCCCCUCUGCCCCGCCCCUUCCUAACCAUCUGUAUACGCCCCUCUGCCCCGCCCCUUCCUAACCAUCUGUAUACGCCCCUCUGCCCCGCCCCUUCCUAACCACCUGUAUACGCCCCUCUGCCCCGCCCCUUCCUAACCAUCUGCUCUGUCACCAAGAGUGCUGUAAAGAGUAUGUGAACAGUGUAUUCUCAUAUAGUACAUGGACUUGUAAUUGGGGGAUGAUAAUGUAACUAUCCAGACUCUGCUGUAUUUAUCUUCCAGUCCCUCCGAGCCGUUUAAAAAGCUGUAUUUUCAUUAUUCAUUGUGACUAUUAUCACUUGGUUUCCUGGAUGUGGUUGGGGGCUGCUGUUUGACCCAUUUUAACUUUUACAUUUAAAUUUUUCUCAAUUUCCUUUUCCCCGAGUGGCAGACAGGAGCGUGUCAGUAUGGUGUUUCGUCCCUGAAGCACAGAGGUCUACGAAGCCUCAUGCCUUACACGGACAGGACGUCAGGGAACAUCAUUUAUGUGUGUUGAAGAUGUAAAUACUAUUUUGGACAACUUUUUUUUCUCUUUUUAAAUGUAACGUUGGCAACGUGGCGGCAGAGAGGACGUGUAGUCGUGUGCUACGCGGCUGAUUUGAUGUGUUCUCGUUGGUUUUAAUGCAGUCGGUGUGUGAGAGAGGCAAACGCAGCCUGCUGACUCCUCCUGUAAUCAUCUGUUUGAUCGAUCUGCUGCAGCCACCUCUCAGGUUUCAAUGCCCUGCUUUAAGUCGGCGGAGGCGGCCAUGUUUAUUUCCCCACCAUGUUGUACCUCUCUUCAGCGCUGGGUUGCGUUCAUUAGGCGCCAAACGGAAGAAAACAAACAGUGAGGAACUAAUGUUCGGUUCCACGUUGCAAAAUGUUAAACGCUUCCCGUUGCAUGCCCCAAUGAACGCAACCCAUUAUUGUGGAAGACUACUUAUGUGUGAGAUCAUGCUAGGCUGUGAAUGGGUACCUGCCAUCUAGGCUUGAAUCCCAAAUCGACCCCCCCAAUCCCUAGACAAUCAUCUAGGUCUGAGACCGAUUUGGAGGUAUGAGCACUAUAACCAGGUGAAGUAAUCACCAUAUUGGUUACCGUUUCCACUCCAUACUUUCUAGAAGUGCCCUGGGGAGAAGGGAGGCUCUGGGUUGAUCUGGAACUCAACCCUCUGGACUCUGCUAUGCAGUGGCCCUCAGGUCUUCCAUCAGGACUAUGAGAAUCCUGCCAUGUGACCGCCAGUGGUGGUGGUGGUGGCACUUGCCCCUUAGUGUUUUUAGGGUGCGCCCAAAAGGAUGCCCUAUUUCCUGUCUCUUCUUUCUAGGGAACCGGGUGCCAUUUCAGACGCAGCCCUGGUCUGUAACUGGUAAGCCUACCCGGUCUUCUCUCAGCCUCUCUGACGUACAUUGUAGUAGGCUUCUUAUCAAAGUUGGUGGAUGAGGAGUAUUUAUAAUAUGUGAGUAAAGAAGGGAAAGCAAAUAAAGAGCUGCUGUGAUUUGA